AAAGAUUGUACUUUCGAGCUAUUUGCUUUAACAAUUUUGUUCUUGUUGCUGGUAAUUUGUUGCAAUAAGCGUAAAGAAUAAUAGAGUUAUUGAACGUUUGUGUUUUGAAAUUUUUACUCCAUGGAUUCUUUCCCCAGGCUCGGAAUUGAGUUUUGUAACCAAGCAAGAACAGGAACCUUAGUAAAAUUGUAUCUACCCAAAACAAAUCGAAGGGGAUUUUUUAAUUUUCUUAAUUAUGCUACUGUUAGAACGAUGGAAAUUUUGUUCUUCUCGCCCUUGAACAUGUUAAGUGGAUCUUAUUAUGAUAAUUAGUACUGUUGUAAGUGUAACGAAUCAUAAUCAGUGUGAUAAGCAGACCUCCUCCGCCUUUAUGAACAGGGACCGACAAAUUAUUCCAAAUCUGGGUUCUGGAUAUUCAAAUGGAUCUUCUCGGUUGGAAAUUGAUGGUCAUCAUCCAAUUUAUGAAGUAAUUCCUACUGAAGUCACCACAAGGAAAACAGACGCUCAAAAUGGUAGUACGAUCAAGUUCCAGCGUGAUCAGAGCCGACCUUUAGCUGCUGCUAAUCCACCAUCGAACGGAGCAAUUGAGGAGCAAGCUUCAUAUUAUACUUCUCUCGAUAAUGGGACUACUGGAUAUAAAAGAGUGGAAUUGAGGACAGAAAAUGGAAUUGAAGUGGCAGAUUUAUAUCUUGAAAGGAUAUAUGAGAAACCCAGCUCACAUAAUUUCUACUGUCCUAACUGUCAGGCUUGUAUAACAAAGGUGAUCAUACGUGAUAGGGAAUGGGUAGAUAAUACUGUUUCUGCACCAGUUCCUACUCAGGUUGAUAAAUUCAGAUGCACAUCUUGCCUUAGUUUCCUCACCCCUAUAGGUACAUGGCUCUUUCCUAGAUUGGCUUCUCCUGACCCUGAGGAAGAAGUUCCAUCUGGACCAGGAAAUGACGUUGAAAACUUAGGGAUCAGGGAAGAAAGUCAAGUUGAUAGAGCUCCAGUUCCUGCUCAGUCAGUUGAUUAUGCAGUAACCGAUAAAAAUGAAGAUGAUCAUGCUGCAGCCCAGGCUCAUCCUUCACUUAAAGCAACAAGUGAAGAGGGAAUAAUUGUACGAGAAGAAACAUUGGCUAGCAAUAAAGGAAAAGGAAAUAACGUUGAAAACAUAGAGUUCAGAGAAAGAGAUAUACUUCAAGUUCAGGAAACAAGAGAUUCCCAAAAAAGUCAAGUUGAAAGAGCUCCAGUUCCCGACCAGUCAGUUAAUUAUGCAGUAGCUGAUAAAAAUGAAGUCGUACCUGAUCCAUCAGUUGGUAAUGCAGUAGCUGAUCAAACACGAGACAUCCAUGCGGUAUCUAAUUCAAAGCCAACUCAUCCUUCACUUAACAUGAAAGUUGCUGAGGAAGGAGCUGUGCAAGAUAAGGGAGUGAAAAGCAUACAAGGAAACAAGAUUGAGAGCAUCAUAGUUGGAAGGCCAGACCCACUGCUAGAAUCAGCUGAAACAAUAUAUGAUCAAGAAAUUCAAGCUGAUUCCAUAAAUAAAACCCUAGUUCCUGAUCAGCUGGAUGAAUUUGAUAUGUGGACCAAUGACAACUCCCUAGAAAAUAAAGUAGAUUCUACUGAAUAUUCGAGCAUACUAGAUGGUGCUAAGGAGGACACCAAGAAAGGAAUUACUGUUGAGAACAUUGUAGUUGGAAUACCAUACACAUCACAUGAGUUGAAUGGAUCAAUGCAGGAUGUAGAUAAUCAAACUUCAACAGUAAACAAAGUGGACGUUCAGAAUCAAUCAAAUGGAUUUUCAGUAUUAUCGGAGUCUGAAACUGAUGCUAAAGUUAAUUUGACACGGGGUCAUACUUCUCUUGAAGCAAUGAUGGCUGAGACUGUAACAGAUACAUCUGAUGAAAAAAGAGGUAUUAAUGUUGAGAAUGUUGUGGUUGGAAUUCCAUACCCAUCCCUAGAGUCAAAGGGGAGGCUGCUUGAUCGAUUUUGUCUACCUGCAUUGUUAAACAAAGCUCCUGUUCCUGAUCAAUCAGCUGCAGUUGCUGAAACAGAUAUCCGAAAAACACCAGAAACUGUAGAAGCUACCGUGCCUGAUUCUUCUCCAGUUUCUUCUUCCCUUGCAGCACCAACUGCUGCUGAGAGAGUAACAGACAGUGCAGUGGGCAGUCGUGAAGUUGAAGCAGGACCUGUGACUAUAUCCAUUGGUGAAUCUCUGGAUGAACAAGUACAACCUGAACCAAGUAGGUAUAACAGGUGGGAAAUUGUGAAAAGUAUAGUUUAUGGUGGUUUAGCUGAAUCAAUUACGAGCCUCGGCAUUGUGGCAUCUGCAGCAAGUGCCAAUACUGAAACAGGGAACAUUGUAGUUUUGGCGUUGGCAAACCUGAUUAGUGGGUUUUUUAUCCUUGGACAUAAUUUGACGGGACUCAAGAGCGAGCAGUUCAGGACAUCUAAUGAAACAGAUUACGAACGCAUAGACCGAUACGAAGUAGUACUGGGAAACCGAGAGAAUUACAUUCUACAUUUCACUCUUGCUAUCUUCUCGUUUGUACUCUUCGGUCUAGUCCCUCCUCUCGUUUACGGUUUUUCUUUCACCAAGAGCAAUGACAAGGAUCUCAAGCUUGCAGCAGUGGCAGGAGCUUCUCUUUUAUGUGUCAUAUUGCUUGCUUUUGGGAAGGCUUACAUCCAGAGGCCAAAUAGGUGGGAUGUGUACGUCAAAAUUGUAGCGUCUUACAUCGUUAUAGCGGCUGGGGCCGGAGGUUUCUCAUAUUUGGCCGGUGAUCUGAUUGACAAGCUCAUUAAGAAAUAUGGUUGGUUUGAGGAAAACCCAGCAUUCAACCUGAGUCUGCCCCUUCCAGAGAUGAGUUUGGCGAAACCUGCAUGGGGAUCGUCAUGAAGUAGGUUCAAAUAUGAAGUUAGAAUAUUUAGCUUUUAAACUACUUUUCAUUUGUAGCAAUUUUCUCUUGAAUCUAAAUUUUCUUGAUCCUUGAAGUGAUUUUUGUCUCUCCCAUCUCCUUUUUAUAUUCUGCCAUCACAUACCACUGUCUAAUGAUGAAAGGUUUUUAUCCGGAAUAAAAUUAAAUCACAUGGAAGAAUAUGUGAAUUUUGCA